ACGCAUUUUGAUUUCUCAUGCAUCCACCGCCACCGGCACCGUUCGGGCCGCUCUUCCUCUUUCUUCGCCGCCGAUAACCUUUCGUCGCCGCCGGCGCUGCUUUCGUUUAGGUUUCUUUUACUCUCCCUGACUCUCUUGUUCGCUCACGAUUCCAUUAUAUUUCUUCGCAAGCUUCAGUGCUACCACAAAUGGCGAAGCAUUUCCUGAAGCGGUUCGUCAGGAGCAUCGAUGUCAGUUUACAAUUGUCCAAGAAAGAGGAAUCAUACAGAACUUUCACACAUAAUAUACUUAUUAGGCAUGAGUCUCACUGCGCAGAAGGAAAGAAGUUUGAUACAGGAGUUGUCAAGGAAGACAAGAGCAUCGCACAGACAGGGAAGCCUAAAUUGGAUGAAAAGGCGAUGCGUGAUUCUAGCUCUUCGGUUGAUGACAAUCCCAGUGAUCACAAGUGGAAGCUAGAAAUUGAAUGGCUAAGCAAAGCUCUUCGACCUGCUGUAGAAUUUUGUAGACGGGCUCUUCCAACAGGUAAUGGCACUGAAAACAGACCCCCUACUAGCAGUAAAUCGUUUUCAGAGAUUGUUGCAUAUAUCCAGCAGAGUAAUUUCGGACUCCAAGAUUGGAGCUUGAGCGAUCUAACUAUAGGUUUAUACCUUAUAUAUCUUCAGCAAGCGGCCAAAAAUCCAUUUGAAGAUGUUAAGGGUGUCCAGAUAUCAUCAGAUCCAAUAGUUCAUGAUUUAAUUUAUCAUCUAGAAUUGGCGAGGGGGGCAUACAGGGAUAAUGCCGCUGGUCUUGCAAGGAAAAGCAUGCUUCGGGAAAGCAACAUACUGAAGUUCAUCAAAGACUCUAGUAUCAUGCGGCCUGGAUACUAUAUAGGCAUCGAUCCUCGCAAGCAACUUGUGAUUCUUGGUAUUCGUGGAACUCAUACAGUUUAUGACCUUGUUACUGAUAUAAUUUCUUCAAGCAGUGAAGAAGUCACAUUUGAAGGCUACUCUAGUCAUUUUGGCACUGCUGAAGCAGCUCGUUGGUUCCUUCAUCACGAGAUGAAAACCAUAAAGAAAUGCUUGGACAAAUACAAGGGUUUCAAGUUGAGGUUAGUAGGUCAUUCAUUAGGAGCAGCUACGGCUUCUUUGUUGGCCAUAAUGCUCAAAAGAAUGUCUGCUGAGGAGCUGGGUUUUAGCCCUGAUAUUAUCUCUGUUGUUGGAUAUGCUACCCCACCUUGUGUCUCCAGAGAACUUGCUGAAUGCUGCUGUGAUUACGUCACUACUGUUGUAAUGCAGGAUGAUAUCAUUCCGAGAUUGAGUGCAGUUUCGUUAGCAAAAUUGAGGAAUGAAAUCCUUCAAACUGAUUGGUUGAGCGUGUUAGAGAAGGAAGAUUGGGGAAGUGUUAAGGAUUUUGUAACGAAUGCAAAACAUGUUGUUUCUUCUGUUCAAGAUGCAACUAGGAAGCUCGCCGAUUACACCAAUUUCAGAAGUGAAGCGAGUGUUCUUUCGAGAGAUUCUACCAAGAGCAAAACAAGAGAAGUAGAAGUCUCCAGUUCUUCUUGUUCCGUUGUUAAGGAAAAUGAAGAGCCUUCUGGUCAUGCGUUGCCUGAAUUGUUUGUUCCGGGGACUGUUUAUUAUCUGAGAAGGAACAUGGAAGGCGGGGGAAGUACAAGGAGAAUGAAAGGAAAGGCGUAUUUCAGUUUAUGGAAAAGAGAUAGAGGGGAGCAUUUUGAAAGGAUUCAUCUAUCGAACAACAUAAUUUCAGACCAUAAAUGUGAGGCGCAUUUAUAUGCUCUAAGAGAUGUCAUCAAAGGUCUACCUGGUACCCUCCAAGAUUCCAUUUUUAAGUAAUC